GGUUCAAAUGAUUAACCUCAUACUGAGGGUGUGGCUCAAUCAAACUGAUUGUGAUCUAUUUUUGCAAGGUGGAACAGUUUGAGCAUUGUGUAGUCUUCAUAGAUAACAAUACUGUGGUUUGGAAUAGAGUGUAUCAAGUGAUUUUUUUUUUACGUCAUUAACUUUUUUUUCUUAAACUGAAUAACAGUACCAGAGUAUUUCAAUAGAGGCAUUUGAUGAAUUGAAUGAGAUAAUGUUAUUUGCUAAUUAUAUUCUUUUGUGCUAUUAAUAGUUUUAAAGUAUUUUAAUUGCAUGAUCUCUGACUUGGAUUAAACUGAAUGAAGAGAAGUAUCGCUCUUUGUAUUUUGAACCUGGAGAAAAACUGGUCAUAGUAGCUGAAGCUUGAAUGUGAAUAGAUAUGAAGAUGCAGCACUGUGGUCCUGCACAGAGCUAGAACAAAAUAUGAAGGCUGAGGUCAUACUAAGAAGCCAGUCUAGACGAAAUGCUGAAUGGAAAUGCAAAAAGGAAAUCAACGACAAUUGGGAGUUCACAGAACCAGUCAACAGCAAUUCAUUGUUUGUGGAACCAGUCCAGGGCAAAUCGGUGCUAGUGGAGCCUGUGAAUGCAGAACCUCCGCCCAUUGAAAUCAAGCUUGCAGAGGAGGCUUGCCCUUCCUCAGAGUUCAUGGGUCAUCAUAGGGCUAUACAUAGAAGUGAAGAACAGAGUGUCAUCUCAAAUGACAGUCAUCAUGAAGCCACACCCCUUGUGUCCCGACCACCAAUCAUCAUGGAGCAUCAAAGUGUCAUCCGUCCAGUCCCCCUCCUGCCCAUGGAUACGUCCAUCUACAGCUCCCCACCCACGUACAUUGACAGCCUGCCUCCCACCAUAUCCCCACCAGGCUUGCCUGGAAUGCUGCAUGGGAAUAGAGCACAUUUCAUCGAGAAUUCAUGGUCACAGACAUCCUGCAGAUCCAGCCAGGAUGCUAACAGAAUGUUCAACAGUGUCCAGUCUAGCUGUGAGAUGUAUGAGUGUCGCUGGCUCAGCUGUGAGUGCCAGUUUGCCAGCAUGGAGGAGUUGGUUACCCACGUGAACGAUCAUCAUGUGAGGGUGGAGAGGUCGGACUCCGAGUACCAGUGUAAAUGGGGCGGCUGUCCACGCAGGGGCAAGGGAUUCAAUGCCAGAUAUAAGAUGUUGAUACAUAUUCGGACACAUACAAAUGAGAAGCCCCACAAAUGUCGUCUGUGUGGAAAAUCAUUCUCAAGGCUGGAAAAUCUCAAAAUACACAUGCGCUCACAUACAGGUGAGAAGCCAUACAUGUGCCCAUUUGAAGGCUGCAAUAAGGCUUACUCCAACUCCAGUGACCGCUUCAAACACGUGCGCACCCACCAGGAGGAUAAACCUUACAUCUGCAAGAUGCCAGGGUGCAACAAGCGCUACACAGACCCCAGCUCCUUGAGGAAACAUGUGCGCACGCAUGGACAUUACGUGAAGGAAGGCUCAUGCAGCAUGUCACCCGAGCCUCUACAGACACAUUCCAGUAUUAUCGACAUUUCCCGUUCAUUUACCAGUAGUGUUAAGCCAUUUUCGCCCACUAAUAUGAAAGUGCCAUUAUCACUGUUCACUACAGCAACAGAGACGAGUGUGAUUCAUCUUACAGGCUUACAUGCAAAUCCAUUGUUGUCAUCGGCAAUAAUUCCAAUGAACAAAUACUUCUUGACCUCGCAACAUGAAUUGACAUCGUUGGAUGUAAGGUCGCCAUCAUCUGCCUUAGCGACGCGUGUAGAACACAGUGACAGUAAAUCUGAUAAUGACAAGAGUCAAGAUUCUCCACUAGAUUUAAGCACUAAUCCGUCCUCCCCUCUGAUGAUUUUUACACACGAUGCAGAAAACGGUAGACUGUCCACAUCCCAUGUGUCUCGAUAUGAAGGUUUAGCACAGGAUAUAGUCAGAUGGGAGAUAAUCCACAUGGCCACAUAGUCCAAUCUUUAUUAGGCACUAUGAAAGAAUUUUUUUUCGAGUUACCUGACCUUUAAUAAAAAAGGUUCCAUCCUUGAAAAAUUGUAAUGAGUUAAAAAAAUAUAUAUGCUUUUCAUAAUAAAACUACAUCUAUGAACGUUUUUAUAAGGGCAUAACAAUAGGGAAUAUACUGGCAACAUUAUUGAAGUCUAUCCGUCUCUUUUUUCAAAAAUACUUGCCCGAAAGUGUUCUCCAACACUUCAAAGUACAAGGUAUAUACUUUCAGGUAUUGUUCCUUAUGAUUUAUGAUCCUAUGUAAAGAUUACACAAAAAUUAUUCCCUUUUUUAUUUCAAAUUAGAUUUUUUUACAAAAUCUUGUUCGUUUUGUUUUAAUUAUUAAUUAUUUGUGUUUAUAAUUUACUGAAUAAAUAAAUAAACAUAAAAAUUUAGAAUCUAAGCUACUUACCCUCCCCUUUCUUUUUUGUCGUGUAUUCUAAAUGAAACAUAUUUAGAUAUUUUCUUUUACCUCCACUGGCCAUAGGCCAGCGGGGCUUAUGUCAUGGUCCUGUGUCCGUCGUCCGUGCGUUAACUUUUUCUUUAAACAUCUUUUUCUCCUAAACUACAAGUCCAAUUCUGAUAAAACUUCUCACAAAUGUUCCUGGGGUGAACCUCUUUCAAAUUUGUUCAAAUUAUGCCCCUGGGGUCAAAUUUGACCCUGCCCCAGGGGUCACAAAAUUGAAAAUUUGCUUAUAUAAGGCCUAUUUUGUGAAACAUUUAAAAUCUUCUCCUUCAUAACCAUUGGGCCUAGGGCUAUCAAAUUUGGUAUGUAGAGACAUCUAAUAGUCCUCUACCAAAUUUGUUCAAAUUAUGCCCCUGGGGUCAAAUUUGACCCUGCCCUGGGGGUCACAAAAAUGAACAUAUGCUUAUAUAAAGCCUGUUUUGUGCAAACUUUAAAAAUCUUUCUGUCCAUAAACCUAGGGCCAAGGGCUACCAAAUUCGGUAUGUAGUGACAUCUAAUAGUUCUCUACUUAGUUUGUUCAAAUUAUGCCCAUGGGGUUAAAUUUGACCCUGCCCCGGGGGUCACAAAAAUGAACAUACGCUUAAAUAAGGCCUAUUUUGUGCAAACUUUAAAAAUCUACUUGUCCAUACCGUAUGGCAUAGGGCUACCAAAUUUGGUAUGUAGUGACAUCUAAUAGUCCUCUUCCAAAUUUGAUCAAAUUAUGCACCUGGGGUCAAAUUUGACCCUGCCCCUGAGGUCACAAAAAUGAACAUAUGCUUAUAAUAAGCCUAUUUUGUGCAAACUUUAAAACUUCUUUUCAAUAACCGUAGGGCAUAGGGCUACCAAAUUCUGAAUGUAGUGACAUCUAAUAGUUCUCUACUUAGUUUGUUCAAAUGAUGCCCCUGGGGUUAAAUUUGACCCUCUCCCAGGGGUCACAAAAAUGAACAUACGCUUAAAUAAGGCCUAUUUUGUACAAACUUUAAAAAUCUUUCUGUCCAUAAAUGUAUGGCAUAGGGCUACCAAAUUUGGUAUGUAGUGACAUCUAUAGUCCUCUACCAAAUUUUUACAAUUUAUGCCCCUGGGGUCAAAUUUGACGCUUCCCCGGGGGUCACAAAAAUGAACAUACGUUAAAUAAGGCCUUUUUUGUGCAAACUUUAAAAAUCUUUCUAUCCAUAACCUGUAUGGCAUAGGGCUACCAAAUUUGGUAUGUUAUAGUUCUCCAACAAAUUUGUAAAAAAUUAAGCCCCUGGGGUCAAAUUUGACCCUGCCCUGGGGGUCACAAAAAUGAACAUAUGCUUAUAUAAAGCCUAUUUUGUGCAAUCUUUAAAAACUUCUUGUCCAUAACCGUAGGGCCUAAGGCUACCAAAUUCGGUAGGCAGUGACAUCUAAUAGUUCUCUACUUAGUUUGUUCAAAUUAUGCCCCUGGGGUCAAAUUUGACCCUGCCCUGGGGGUCACAAAAAUGAACAUACGCUUAAAUAAGGCCUAUUUUGUGCAAACUUUAUAAAGCUUUCUGUCCAUAACCGUAGGGCAUAGGGCUACCAAAUUUAGUAUGUAAGUGUCAUCUAAUAGUCCUACCAAGUUUGUUCAAAUUAAGCCCCUGGGAUCAAAUUUUACUGUUCCCCAGGUGUCACAAAAAAUAAACCUAUGCUUAUAUUGGGCCUUUUUCGUGCAAACUUUAAAAAUCUUUCUGUCCAUAACCAUUUUGCCUAUUUCUACCAAAUUUGGUAUGUAUUAAAAUCUUAAAGUUCUCUACCAUUUUUGUUCAAAUUAUGCCCCUAGGGUCAAAUUUGACCCUGUCCCGGGGGUCACAAAAAUGAACAUAUGCUUAAAUAAGGCCUAUUUUGUGCAAACUUUAAAAAUCUUCUUGUUCAUAGUUAUAGAGCCUAGGGCUACUAAAUUUGGUAUGUAGUGACAUCUAAUAGUCCUCUACCAAAUUUGUUCAAAUUAUUCCCCUGGGCUCAAAUUUGACCCUGCCCCAGGGGUCACAAAACUGAACAUAUGCUUUUAUAAAUCCUCUUUUGUGCAAACUUUAAAAAUCUUUAAAAAUCUUCCUGUCCAUAACCAUUGGGCCUAGGGCUACCAAAUUUGGUAUGUAGUGACAUCUUAUAGUUCUCUACCAAGUUUGUUCAAAUUAUGCCCCUGGGGCCAAAUUUAUAUAUAAAAAUGCUCACCCAUCCAACUUUAAGCGCCCAGUGGGACAAGGGAUAGAAAGAGAAAGUCACAUGCUUGAGUACAUUUCAACCCAUGCGCAUUGCACGCUUUUUUCGCAUAAAAAACAGUGGAGCGAUACAGGGCCAUCAUGGACCCUCUUGUUUCUUAUCCCAACAAAGUGUACACUUGAGGUCUUUUAUGCAACUAAUGUUUUGUAAUAAGCAGGGAAGGAUUCAUUCGUUAAAAAUUAAUCUUGAUCAGUUAUUGAAUUGCUUACCUGUAUCUGCCAUUUAUAUUUAAGGACUUUAUUUUAUUCAGUUUACACUAUUAAUAAAUUAUACAUAAGCAUAUUAACAUUUCCAAUAAAAAAGUACCGGUAUGUAUUUUUGUGGAAAUAUGCGACUUCAAUGAAAAAAACUCUUUAUGGCAUGUUUUUGUAUGUUAAAACAAUAUUGAUACAUGUAUUUUGACCAUGAAGUGUGUUUAUAAUGUGAUUGUUCUUGUAAAAAAACAGUUAUACAUCUAUGAAAUAACAUUGUGAACCCAGUUUGCAUCUUUUUAAUCAUCCAUUUUGCAUCUGUUAAAUCCAUAAGAUCUGUUAGUUAAUUGUUCACACCUGCUGUUGUACAGUUAAAUUAAUCGUUUACUUCUUAGGUGCAUACAAAACAUAUCUAUAUUUGACAUUGUGUUUAAUGUGAAACUAUUGUCUUAACAAACUUUUUAAGUGGUAAUUGCCUGAACUGAAGGGCUUUAAGAUAAAGUAAGGUGUGUUUUGUUUAGUCUGUUUAUUUAGUUUAGACCUGUGGCCUGAACAGAAAGAGCUUCACUUGCAUCAAAUACUGUAUUUAUAUUUUUUGACAAUAUUUCAACCUUUGAAAUAUGCUUUUUACAUAAAGUAAUUUUUAUUAUAUACUUGCAUGGAGUAAAUUAUAUUAAAGUCAAUUUAAGAAACAUGAUUUAUAUGAAUAAGUAACCCAAUAUUAAUUGGUUGAGUGCCAAACAAUUUAAUUGUUUUCAUACAGGUAAAAUUUGUUGAUACAUUUCAAACCUGUUUGUAGAUUAUUAUUUAAAUAAUAUUAGUCAAAUCUGUAUUAUGAGUACCGACAGGUGUAUUAGUAAGUUAGGAUCUAAAUUGUAUCUAGUAUUUAUUGAAAUAUACAAAUCUUACUGUAAAAAAGUUAUAAUCUAUAAUAUAUUGUCUUAUAAAAGUGAAAAGGUGUCAUGGGUACAUAUUCACCAACAAAUUGUUGACUAAGAACCAAGAAUGACUAUACAAUUGAAUUUUUCAAGUAUUUAAAUAUUGAAACUAACAUAGCAUGUACCACAUAUUUAGGAUAUAAGAAACCUGUGUGAACUGUGUUUAGGCAAGGGCAAACUGAGAAGUAAGAAUUCUAGCGUCUAAGUCUAUUCUUUAUUCUUAAGUCUAUGAAUGGGCUGGUGAAUAUGGGCUCAGGAUUACUAUAGACAAUAUUUGUGAUACACCGCAAUUCUCUUGUGGCAUGUCUUGUGUUGUUGUUAGUUGUAAUAGUUGUCAAUGUUUGGACCAUGUUUCUUCCAUGUGUUGAACAUAUUAUGUAGUGGAAUGUUUUUAGAUAUUGUCGUUAUACAUAUUUAAGCAAUCUGUGAUAUUGUGAUGUAUUUUUUUAUAUAAGGUGUUGAACACAGUAUCUUAUUAUUACUGCACAAUUAACAAAUUGUGAACAUUGGCAUUUGUAUUGUUUUGUUUGUUGAAGAUUUUACUCUAUUGUGCUUCUACUUAGACAGAAAAGAACUGAGUGGAUAAUGAAUAAAUAAAAAGUAAAUAAUUUCGAA